AUGGCCAACGCAGCGGCCAUGGAUAUCGAAGACGAGGACCCCGUCGUGGCCGAGUACGACGUCUACAUCACCCCCGAGAUGGCCGAGCAGCAGCUGUACGUGCUGCAGUACCUGAACCGCCCGCCCGACCAGCCCUUCACCAAGGCCACCGAGAGCCAGCCCUCACAGCUGCGCCUCAAGAAAGAGUCGGGCUUCAUUGAGGUCGACGUGCCCGUCAACAUCCACCGCAACUACAACCGCGUCGCCGGUGUGCGCUGGGGCGAGGCUAUGCGCAAGACCAAGGGCUUCGGCCAGAAGGCCUUCGGUAUCGCUUCCGGCUUCGAGCGCACUAUGCCGCGCAGCACCAACCGCCCUGGCGCCGCCGGCGAGGGAGGAGCCCCCGCAGCGCCCAUCGCGACCGAGGACGACGACAACUUUGAGGAGUACGUCACUCACUUCGAGGACGCCAACGAGAAGGGCCACGUCCUCAACACCCAGACGUUCGGUGGCCAGAUCAUGCACGACGACGGCAAGGGCACCAGCUACAUGCUCGGCACCUUCCGCGAUAACGAGCUCCACCUCACACGCUGCAACGGCCUCGUCCAGCUGCGAACACAGUUCCACCAGAUCGACGCUUCCGCCCAGCUAGAAGCUGUCCAGCGCCGCCGCGAGAAGGAGUCACAAGAAGGCGCUAAGGUCGCUGAACCAAAGGCCUUCCUCGCCCAAGUCAAGAAGACGGGUGGUGACACUGCCGCAGAGCUGACUCAGGCCUUCAUGAAGUCGACCAACCAAGAGCAGUGGCUGAGGCUCGACUACUACGACGAGAACGACGAGCGAGCCUUCGACGCGUACAACGACCGCCUCUUCCUUGCAGACGUUGCAUCCGCGCCCAAACUCCAGUCCAAGAUCGACAACAACGAGUUCCUCGACGCCGUCGGCUCCGGCGGCAAAGCCAGCAAGAAGAGGCCUAGGCGCGAUGCCGAAGACCUCAUCGAGAUAUCCGACGACUCCGACGACCAGGCUGACGAGCUAUCAGUGAGUUGA